AAUCCUGUUGCAACAAGACGAAAAGUUUUCCCACAAGUCACAAUACUAAAGAAAUUUCGUGCCAAACACCAUUGGAAUAGUUGUCGAUAAAAUUAAUUUCGUCAUCUGUCACACAAAAGAAAUCAAAAGAUCAAAAGCGAUAGUUUUCACCAAUACGAGAAGAUUUUUCGUCGAAGCCUGAAUUGAAGUGCGGUCAUUCCAAUAAUAAUUUGGAUUUUUUCGUUCUCAAACCCAUUAGGCUUUCAAUCAAUCUACAGCAAGGAUGGAGAAUACAUUCAUACCCCAAGCAAUCGAAAUUGUUGGGAAAGCAAUCGAGGCUGAUAAUGCCGGGGAAUACGAAAAGGCACUCGGCUUGUAUCGAGACUCUCUGGGACGAUUCACUAUGGGACUGAAAUACGAAAAGAACGAGGCCCGCAAAAAGCUCGUUUUGGAACGUGUGGAAGGUUACAUGAAGCGCGCCGAAGAAUUGAGAGAUUAUGUUACCAAACAGAACGAACUCGACAAAAAUGGUGGCGGCGGAUCGGCUACGGCAAAAAAGGGAGACAAGGAAGACGAUAUGGAUGCAGAAAAGGCAAAAAUGCGGGGUGCUCUCGCUGGUGCCAUUGUUGAAAAACCAGACAUCACGUGGGAUGAUGUGAUUGGACUUGACAAUGCGAAAGAUAGUUUGAAAGAGGUAAGCAUGCUCCUCUCGAUAUCCUUGUGCAUUGUACGAUUUGGAAAUUUACAUCAGAUUCUCUCUAUUCGGUUUCUCAUAAAUUGCUUUGCCACUUUUAUUGCUAGACCGUAAUUCUACCAACUCGUUUUCCUCAACUCUUCACUGGAAAACGAAAACCCUUCAAAGGAAUUCUCUUAUUUGGUCCUCCUGGAACAGGUAAAUCGUAUUUGGCGAAAGCCGUUGCGACCGAGGCAGACUCUACGUUCUUUUCCGUCAGCAGUGCCGAUCUCAUUUCGAAAUGGCAGGGAGAAUCUGAAAAGCUUGUUCGGAAUCUUUUUGAAAUGGCUCGGGAGUCGGAAGGAGGCCGCGCCAUUAUUUUCAUUGAUGAAGUUGAUUCACUUUGUGGAAGUCGUUCCGAGGGAGAGUCGGACUCGAUGCGUCGUGUCAAGACCGAAUUCUUGGUUCAAAUGGAUGGUGUAGGAAAAAGCGAUUCUCGGGUCUUGGUACUGGGUGCGACCAAUAUUCCAUGGGAACUAGAUGCCGCAAUCCGACGUCGAUUCGAGAAACGCGUUUACAUUCCACUUCCGGAGGCCGAAGCACGAACGGCGAUGGUAAAACUGAAUUUGGGUGACACACCAAACGAACUGACAGAAGAGGAAUUCGAAAGAGUCGGUGAAAUAACUGACGGCUCGAGCGGAGCCGAUAUUAAGAUCCUGGUCAAAGAAGCACUCAUGCAACCAUUAAGAAAGUGCCAAAAAGCCAAACAAUUCUACGUUGAUAAAGAAGGAAAUUAUCAUCCCUGCGAUAGAUAUCCGAACUGCUCUGCUUGCCCUCCCAAGCUGUCCACCGACAAGCCAGGAAAAGAUUAUACUUGCAACCGUUGCGGAGCGAAGCGCAUGUCACUGUGGGACGUUCCAACCGAAAAGCUGAAAGCGCCGAUGGUUCUCUACGAUGAUUUCAAGAAAGUCAUGAAGAGUUCUGUCACUUCUGUAUCUCCAGAAGAGCUAGAACGAUUCAAAGAAUGGACCAAGCUAUUUGGUCAAGACGGAGCAUAGUGAUAUACACGUAAUAUUUCGCAUGCUCUGCUUUCGAUGCUACAGAAAACCCGUAAAAAAUCUAGACUUUUUCA